AUGGAUAUUCAACAAAGCUCUGAAGACGAAGAAGAAUUCGAAGUUUUCUUUGACGGCAGCGGUGACAACUGCAAAACAGCGACAGACGGGUGCUCCUUACUUCAAACUGCUGCAAGUCGUUCAAAUGAAAUCCUCUCCGAUGAGGGCAGCAUAUCCGAUCCAGUGUCUGUUUCUUCGUUUCAUGGAACCCCUUUUGAAUGGAACAUUUCUGGUGCACACGUGUAUUUUGAAGACGAAACGUUGUCCCUUUAUGGAAGUGACAGCUUCGAAGACGAUGACUAUAUCCCUUACUUGGAUGAGGUCACGGACAAAGCUAGCAUUCGCGAAAAGGAGCUCAGCGCUGACACCGUGUUUGCACCAAGUUUUCGAAAACGAGAAACAGGUGCCAAGAUGACGUGCAGUUUGAGCGAUAUACUCGACCAGACAAGUUUUACGGAGAAAAAGGAAUCGACGGAACCUGUUUACGGUGCAAAUCGCUUGUUCAUAACAGGCGAAGAAGUAGGAAACCCAGACGAUCUUCGGAAAAAUGAACAGUACCGUACUGCCUCAUACCACAGACGCUACUUCUCGAAAUGUGUAGAUCACGUGAGUUCUCUUUGUCUUUUUUAA